AACAAUGGCUACUAAAGCGUGAAUGGUUUGGUUAGUUCAGGUAGGUUUUGUUCUUCAGCGAGGGAGAGAGCAGGAAUCGGAUCGUUAAUGGAGAAAUGGCUGAAUCUGAAUCAGUAAACGAAGCCAAGGAGAAGAAGCUAUGGAAAGCUGUUUUCGCCGUCUCCGGAAUUAUGAUUACCCUCGUUAUCUAUGGUCUUCUCCAGGAGAAGAUUAUGAGAGUGCCAUAUGGGUUGAACAAGGAGUACUUCAAGUACUCUUUGUUUUUAGUUUUCUGUAAUCGGCUCACUACAUCAGCUGUUUCUGCUGGUGCUUUACUGGCAAGCAAGAAGGUUUUGGAUCCUGUUGCUCCAGUUUACAAAUAUUGUCUCAUAUCAGUAACUAACAUCCUAACAACAACAUGCCAGUAUGAGGCCCUCAAGUAUGUGAGUUUCCCAGUCCAAACUCUGGCAAAAUGUGCCAAAAUGAUACCUGUAAUGGUUUGGGGAACUCUCAUCAUGCAGAAAAGGUACAGAGGAUUUGACUAUUUGGUGGCUUUCCUCGUCACACUUGGAUGCUCUGUCUUUAUUCUCUUCCCGGCAGGAGAUGAUAUUAGUCCGUCCAACAAGGGAAGAGAAAACACAGUCUGGGGUGUUUCACUUAUGGUUGGUUAUCUUGGGUUUGAUGGCUUUACGAGCACAUUCCAAGACAAACUGUUUAAAGGCUAUAAUAUGGAGAUACAUAACCAGAUAUUCUACACUACACUUUGUUCCUUUAUUCUCAGUUUCACUGGCCUUAUAUUGCAAGGGCAUUUACUCCUAGCAGUGGACUUUGUAUCUCGGCAUAGGGAUUGUCUAUUCGACAUCGCUUUGCUUUCCACUGUAGCAACAGCCAGCCAAUUUUUCAUUUCUUACACCAUUAGGACAUUUGGAGCACUAACAUUUGCUGCAAUAAUGACUACAAGACAGCUUUUGAGCAUCAUGCUCUCCUGCAUUUGGUUCUCACACCCGCUUAGCUGGGAGCAGUGCAUUGGAUCCGUUAUUGUUUUCGGGUCCCUAUAUGCCAAAAACUUAGUGAAGAAGAGAUCAGAAAAGCCGCAAGCAGCUCAAGAACUUCCACGGGACGAAGAGGCUGAGCCUCUUAAGGGAAACCCUUAAAGCAAGCACAAAGAGAGAUUUUUGUUUUCCUCUGUUGCUUUAACAGUGACCAACCAACACUAAUGAUCCCUAGAUGUACGAUGAAUAUUAUUAGAGCUUAAAUGUAUGAAACUUGAGUUUCUUG